AUGACUUGGCAACCGUGGAGGAUAAACGCCGACAAGCAUGAUACGAUGCCCCGUCAAAUACAGUUCGGUCGAGCUGGGCAUACCGUCUAUGCUGUCGAUCCACCCCGUUGCUACUUCCAAAAGUCUCUCGAGAAGCCUCUCAACGGCGUCCGCAUUGUCGUGAAAGAUAUCUUUGACAUAGCUGGUACCAAGACCACAUUGUGUAAUAAAGCCUGGAGGGAUCUCUAUUCAGUCAGCUCUGAACAUGCCCCAACAAUUCGGUCUCUGCUCGAAAACGACGCGAUUACAACCGCAAAGACGAAACCCAACGCUAUGACAAUCCGCGAGGAGACAAUGGAGUGCGUCGAAUACCUUGCUCCGUUCAACCCUCGAGGCGACGACUACCAAACUUCAUCAGGUAGUAGUAGUGAGAGCUGUGCUGCUCUUGUUGCCUAUGAUUGGCUGGACUUUGCAAUAGGCUCAGAUACGAAUGGCAGCUGUCGGAAGCUGGCACACUGGAAUGGUGUCUUCGCAAUUCGACCUACGCAUGGUAUACUGAGUAUUAACGGCGUAUCCUCCUCCUUUCCGAUGUUUGAUGUACUGGCUUUCUUCAGGCGUGACCUAGCAGCAUUUCCCAAUCUUGAGAAAGCAUGGUAUGGCAAUUCCCUCACUGCGCAGGAGCCAAAGGGCUAUCUACCUACGGACAGUGUAGAGCAGUCCGAAGUGAUAAAGUCAUUCAUCAGAGAUCUCGAGGCGGCUCUGGGUACUAAGCGCACCGAAACAUCACUAGCCAAAGAGUGGAUAAGUUUAGACCCGCUGGUGUGGGAGAAGAUGAUUGUGGCUGAGUAUCUCAAAGAGCAACUCGCCAGGUUCCGCGACGGACAAGCAGAUAAGUUCAACAAAUCUGCCUUUGUCCACGAAGCUUUGCGGUGGAGAUGGGAUCUCGCAAAGAAAGUGGCAGACGAGCAAAGAGGCGAGCUGAUGGAGAGAUUGCACGUUUACAAGGCUUGGGUGCUCGAUUGA